AUGCUCAUAGUGGUGACUAAAUCUCUAUUCUGCCCGCCGGAUCUGAAGCAUUUUAAUAAGAUAAACAAGGAUUUACCAUAUUUAGAUGACUGUUCACCACUGUCGAAAGUGACGAAGCAUGUGGCUGGAGUGAGGGAUCGCGUGUAUAAGAACUCUCCAUACAAGAUAAUCCGUAGUGGAGCCCGGCCAGUGUAUGUGAUCGCUGAAUGUGCUACACCUCUACAUACUUUGAAAAGAGUGCUCGAUAAGACUGCAGUGUAUCAAGACGAGGAUCCAACACAGAAUCUGGCAGAUGUACUCCUUAAUAAGAUCAAAGAACUGGAACCUAACUUUGAAGACAUCAUUAACAAGAGUUUACAGCGGCAUAAAGAGUUAAAUAUUACAUGA